GCUUGCAAUUGCGAGGAUAACGGUAUAAUCUCUUCGGAAUCGUCAUCUACUUGUCAAAGCCCAUUCAGUCCAAUGGUAUACGAAGAACUGAGUUGUGGUGAAUCUGCCUCCUGGUAUCCUGGUGGGCCUCCGGAAGACUUCUGCAAUUUCAAUAAUUCUCUGUUACCUGAGAAAAGUGCUUACUGUCCCAUUCCAAUGAUAAGUUAUGUUCCACGAAGGACACCUAGAUCUGAAAUGCGACUUAUACCACCCAGGCGAUACAGAAUUCCCAAGCCCAAGUCUAAAGCACGUUUGACCAGUUUAAGCAGAUUAAGCUCUGAUGACACACACAGCCAAAGAAGCUUAGCGAACGUGCGAGAAAGGCAACGAACACAAAGUCUGAACCAGGCCUUUAGCGUGCUGCAAAAGGCUAUCCCCACAAUGCCAUCGGACAAAAUGAGUAAAAUUCAAACGCUAAAACUCGCAAUCACCUAUAUACGGUUCCUGAACUCCUGGCUAAAUAAUUUGGUGCUCAGCGGGGAUGACAUACUAACCAAAAAUCAGAUAUCUGACUAUUCAUGCGGGUUUCAAGGAAGUAGCUAUGAAACAAAACAAAUGCUUGGCAGAGAAUUCUCAAUGUGGCGAAUGGAAGGAGCGUGGUCGAUGGAGCGACUGAAAGAUAUGGGCUUAGAUUUCAGACAACCUAGGCAGAUGAAUCCCUGCAAACAAGAGAGCGGCAUUGUACCUUACGAAUCUCAUUCACGUACGGCGAUGAUGAGUAUGUGAAUAAAGCUUAUAUUUCAUCAGAUAUUAGAGACUUAGUCGUAUGAAUUAUUGCUAAAGUAGCCAAAAAUUGUUGUCAACAAGAUUUGGAAUCGAAUACUCACGUUAAAAUGAACAAUGAAUAUUUUCUACUUGUGUGCAAAUGAAACGCACUACAACUAGGGCAGUAAUUUUAUCGCAUAAGCAAAUGUCCUUGAAUUUUAGGAAUUUUUUUAACGUUUACGGAAUAUUACAUUUUCCCCCAAAUUUCGAAUAAUUUCCUGAUAUUCUUUAGUUCCUAUUAUAAUUAUCAGAUUCAUUUUAUAUUUAAAUUAAUUUUAUUCUAAAUAUGUUUUUAUAUUUUAAUAAUUUUAAUGCUGCUUUCCACUAGAGUUUCGCCAAAAUGCACUGUUAAAGACAUGCUGCUUCAAAAUCCACAGUGUUUUCACAAUGCGAGAAACAUGCAUAUAUUCAUGCAAAUUCUUCGUUAUUUAAUUUCUUUAAAUAUAUAGGGCGAUAAUAUAUUUGGUGGCAACAAUUUGAAAAGUGAUACGCUGUUUAUAGUGAUUCAACACAAAAUGCCUAGCAUUAUUUUUUCGUCUUUAGUAUUCAGCCGAGCUGAAAUGUUGAUAUAAAUUCUCGAUCCUGAAAUAGAUUCUAAUUCGAAGUCUAAAUUCGAAGUCACGAUAGUUUCGCAAAUUUUCAUUACUUGUUUCCCACAAAGACAAUUCUCUGAUUUCCUUUUUCUUGCUGCGAUAAAAUUACUGCUCUUAUGAUAGGCUUUUGUUAAUAUUACAAUUUCAGAUUAGAUGCGUUGAUUUUGCUAAGUUUACUUGUUACUUUUUGUUCAUAUAGGUAGAAGUAGAAUGCUCACUUUUUAAACCACUGGUGGGCUAAUGAUAAAUUUAAUUUAUCAAUAAAUGGCAAUGUUAAUUGCAGUCCCAGAAUGGUAAAAUUGAAAUAUGCUUCUGGUCAUUCUUUUCUGCUUUUAAAUUUAGUGACUGAAAUUAAAGAAUGAAGUUAAAUUGAAUAAACAAAGUUCUAAAAUCAUUUUGUGAACUGUAUAAAUGUCAGAAAUUAAUGUUUCCCGAUUGAAAAAUAUUACUUUUCUUUUCAAAGAAGAUUUAUAAAUAUGUUAAAUGAAAAUAACUAUCAUUACUUCAAUCAUAACUAUGUUUAAAGUUUUGAACGCAACUGUAUGAUUGAAAUACGUGUGGCUAAAUAAUGUAGAUUAUUAACAGAAUUAUUUUUACUAUGAAAGAACAGCACUAUUAUAAAAAUACUUUUGUAUAAAACUAAAACUUCUAGAAGAGUAAAUUAAUUCGAAAAGGAUAAUUUUUAGUGUAAUUAUUUUGUAACUUAUUAAUUUUACAUAACAGUUUUAACGGUCUAAUAAAGCUCUACUAGUUUCGAAAUUUUUUCCUGGAUAUUACUAAAUACAGUGAAAUUUCCCUCUGACGAGAACCCAUGAUUCCAGAAAAUUUUAAGUUUUUUUUUCGAAAGUAGUUGCUGUUAUACUACUUAGGGGACUUGGUACCUCAAAAUCGAUUAAAUUCUCGAUUUUUCGAUUUUUGCCAAAAAAUACCGUAAUACUAUACUGAAGAGAAAUUUUGAAAUGAUCUGACGAUAAUAAAUUGUAUAAAAAGGUUUUUAAAAAUUUUGACAUCCCUUUAAAUGCCACACCUCCUCAGUGUUUAUUUUUUUACUUCUUAAUUGUUCCAGUAACUUAACAUUUCUUAACUUACCAGUUCAUUAACUUAACGUCUUCGAAGACGAAUGUAAUUAAAUGUGACUACGCUUAUUAUCAAACUGUGUUUAUACUGAUUUAUUUAAAUACUAAGUGAAGUUGGAAAAAAUUCUUAUAUAUAUAUAUAAUUCAGCUCUCCGAAUAUUUCUAUGUAUGCUAUCGGUCAAUUUUGCUAUGCUUCGUCAAAAUCUGAAAUUAUUUGUGAUAAGACACGAACAAAAAAAGAGGAGGCGUAAUGAAAUUGAUCAAGUUCUUGAUUGUAGCAUUAUUGAAAAUCUAGCUAUCAAUAAACUGUUGAAUUAAUUAAAAUGCACCUAAGUUAAUUUAAAAUGCAGUUCAUAUACAAGACCUAUUGUCUAAAAGAAGGGAAGAAAUCACAUAGGCUGCUGAGCUGUUUUAAAUAAAAUGCUUUUUGUCUAUUCAGAUUUCAAAUUUUGCUUUUUGAAAAAAUGAAUGAAAUACAAAUUAAUGUUAUUAAUAUUAAUUAUAAAUUUGAAAUAAUUUAACGACCAUUUAGACAGAUUACAUUCUUUAAACUGCGUUUUCUCAGUUUGCAUUUUUUCGAUAAAUCCUUUUACCUAAAGUCCAAAAACUUACGUAGAUAUGGAUUAAAUUAUUUAAUAUUGUUACUGCUUGUUUAAAAUUAUAUACUUAACAGAAACAAGGAUGGUUUUUUUUUCCAAAAUACUGAAAAGAAAAAAAUUUGGAAGUGAAAAUGUAACUGAAAUCA